UCCGCCAUUUUACAGUCGCCAUUGAAAGGUGAAAUUCGUCCUUUAUGGUCCCGAAAUACGGCGGGUUUCGUGUGGAUAUUGUUACUUAAAUUGUGUGGUUAGUGGUUAAAAACAUUUUUAAGAAAAUGGCGAAGCCAUGACACAUCCCAACCAUCAAACAAACGGAGCUAGUUUGGAGGAUUGCCACACAAAUUUCUUUGCUCUGACGGACCUAUGCGGCAUAAAAUGGCGUAAGUUGGUGUGGCCCGAGGGCCCCGCCGCCCCCGCCGGGGAGGUGGUGCUGGACCCCGUGUUGCUGAGCUUCUCGCGAUGCCUGCACGCCGACAUCCUGUGCGUGUGGCGGCGCGUGGGCCGCCGGCCGCCGCCCCCGGACGACUCGGCGCUGCUGGACGCGCCGCUCGGGGCGCCGCCGCCGCCCGUGGCGCCCCAGGUCGUGGUGCACCCGCCCCUCGCCCUGCACGCCGCCAAGGAGCUGUGGAUCUUCUGGUACGGCGAGGAGCCCGACCUCACCAGCCUCGUCUCCCCCGAGCUGCUCUCCACAGAGAGUGAGCAGGGGUCAUGGGAAAGUGGUCUUUCCUACGAAUGCAGAUCAUUACUUUUUAAAGCCCUCCAUAACUUAAUUGAAAGAUGUCUUCUCUCUCGGGAUCUUAUCCGCUUAGGGCGUUGGUUUGUUCUUCCUUACGAAGGAACAGAAGAAGUACAAGGAAAAAGCCCUCAUCUUUCCUUCCUAUUCUCAUUCUUCGUUCAUGGGGAGAGUACAGUGUGUGCAAGUGUCGAUGUUCGGCAACACCCUCCUGUUCGCACUCUCUCAUCUCAAGUCCUCCAGCAAGCCCAAUCUUCCCAGGCCGGUGUUCCAGUAAUUUUAGCUCCAUUUGGUCUGGCGGGCUCUCUGACUGGUCAGUCAUACAAAUCCGUUGAUCAGAGAACAUCCCGCCUGCUAGAAGACUGGAAACAAUUUUACCCUAUAGAUAGCAGAAAUAGUAAUUGUGAUGACUCUACCGCACCACAGGCUGUUGAAGUAAUAGUGGGUGGAGUUAAGAUGAGAUAUCCUUCAUGUUAUGUACUGGUGACUGAUAUGGAUGAAACUCCCGGCAAUGCAGCACAAAAGGCAGCUGGUCUGCCUGCAGAUGAACCAAAUCCCAUUCCACCAGUAGAGUCACCCUGUUUGCGGCAACAGUCAUCUGCUAGUUCAUGGAUCAAGCAAGAGCCUCCAUCUCCUAUGAAUCUUGCAGAAAUAACUUGGCAAGAGAGUAUGUUAUCGCCACCUUCCGACCCAUCUGAUGCACCUCCAGGCCAUUGGGACUUUGUCGACCCAACAAGAAAAUUACUUUGCUCCUGCUCCAAGUGUAGACAAGUUGAGGGCAAAGGGGGCCCCGGCCCCAGGGCUCUGAUUCCGUUCCAUCAACGGGCGCCCCCGCGGCACAAUCAGCCUGCCAAGCCUGCCAAGCCUGCCAGCCGGAUGCCGUGCGGUGGUCAAGCCGGGCACACGACGCCCAUGCCGGAGAGGUCCCCGCAGUCCGCGGCGCCCAGCCCGCUGCCCAACCCCAACUCGGUGCAGCCGGCGUCCGUGCCCCCCGCCGAGCCCACCAUGCCCACACUGUCGCCGCAGCCGUCGUCCAGCACGCCGGCCCCGCAGCACUCCAUCCCCGCCACGCCGCCGCCCGCGCCCGGCCCCGGCACCCCGGCGCACACCCCCGUCGACUCGCACGGCCCCAAGUCGGUGUCGUCCGUGUCCAACCAGGUGUACUCGCCGUACCAGGCUGCCUCCGUGUCCAGCGUCGAGAACCCCGGCAUGACUGGCGGCCCGCCCAGCGCGCCGCCCACCACGGGCGGCACCGCGCCGUCGCAGCCCCCGGCCGAGCACCAGCCCAUGACGCUCAAGAGGCCCGUGCUCGUGGCCAAGGAGCACGAGCACCUGAUGCACGACGACGAGGGACUCUCGGACCAGCUGUACGACUACUCCCAACUAGACGUGUGGUUAAACUAUCCAGUGAAGAAGUUUAAGCCAUCUGACAUUGAACAGAAGCCCCCCAAAUCGUCAAACUCAGCAGAUAUUUACCCACCGGUCCAAACUCCAGCUGCCUCCCCUCCUGUAAAUGGCCUUCCAGGAUCCCCAGCGGCCCCUGCGUUUGUCAAGGCUGAUGUUAAACAGGAACCAAUGUGUGAAAGUGACCCAUACGAGUUUGACGAGGAACACAAUACAUCUGGAGCCAAGGAAGGCUUCAAACGCCAAAAUAAUGGCGAGAAGGAGGAGGACCGACCGGACAAUGCGGGGAAAAGUUUAUCUGGUAGCCUUUUCACCAGUGAAGGCCUCCAAGCCUCCUAUCGUGACCUCGAGCAGAUUUUUGACAACUCCGAUGCAUCAAGUGAUGAAACGAUGCCGGUGCAUACACCACCAGGUUCCAAGCAUGAAGACAACUCAUGCAACAUGCGUGGCACACGUAUCUUGCGGCCUGAAGAACUUUCUCAAAUGUUCCCUACUCCUCCAUCAUUGGAACAUAAUCCUGCUGCCUCCCCCUGUGGUGGUCAAACUGACAUUGAUCAGUGUGGAUAUUCAGAGUUGCCUCUGACUCGCUUUAAGCAAGAAAUUUACCCUAACAUGGGAAGUCCACAAGAGGAGGUUAUUGAUGACUGGUCCUUUGUGUUCCGACCACCAACAUUGUACAAGUUCGUCGGCUCUUCCAAAUAUGCUCCACUAAGAGACCUUCCAAGUCAACACUUGCCAGCUUUACAGCUGCCAGGAAAUUGUUCUUACAAACCUUCCUGGUUGUAUCCACCAGUCCAGGAAAAAGCAGCAGCCAGUCAUCACCAAAUAUCCUCUGCAAAUAACCAGCAAACUCACCCUCAUCAUCCCCCAGUGCCUCAUUCUCAUCGUCCCUCCCAGCCUCCCACUCCGAUUCAACAAGGUCCAACGACUCCUCUCACUCCGCAAAACCCCAUGACUCCUCAUCGUCCGGGAAUGUCCCCAAUGCCGCACAGGCCUGGCCAGUCUCCCAUUUCCCCUGCAACUCACUUCCCCCAGUCCCCAAGUGUGCUCCAGUCUCACCGAGCCACUCCAGUGUGUCCACCUCCAGCUCCACCAGCCCCUGUGGGGCCUCCACCGCCCUACAGUCCAGCUGCUUCAAUGACUUCCGUCUCAUCGUACCACCCUAAAGCAGUCUGCAAUACUGAAGUGAAUUCACUUUUAAUGAACAUACUCCUCAGUGACACAGCACUAAAUAUUUUCCGCGAUCACAACUUUGACAGUUGCACUCUGUGUGUGUGUAACGUUGACCCCAAGGUGGUAGGUACUAUUCGGGGUGCUGAUGCUGGAAUAUAUCUUGCCCCGUACGGACCUCAUCCCUUGAAUGAAGAGGAUUCCACCAGAUGCACCUGUGGAUUUUCUGCUGUUGUCAACCGAAAGCUGUCUCACAGAUCUGGUCUUUUUUAUGAAGACGAAUUUGAAAUUACUGGUCUAGCAGAUGAACCCAAUGUGCGGAAUGGAAUUCAAGCUCUUGAUAUUAUGACACUGAUUUCUGGAUUAUCCAAUGAUAUGAAUGACACAGUUAGACCUAUUGAUGUACUCAGCUUGAUGAAAGAACAGUGCGGCGUCAUUGUGCGAAGCCCUGCAAGUGCUCUCACUAAAGCAGCUCAGAAAUGUGCUUCUGCCACUUCACUCCUGACGGUGGAUGCACUGGAAUUAGGAGACAGCAAUGAGGCUAGCUGGGUGGCCAUGGAGCAAGGCCUGAUGGUGUCCGCCGCACGCGUGCCCUGCAUGCACCGGUGGCCCUUCCUUCGCGCGUCCGGACCAGACUGCAGUCAAGACAUCGUGCGGGUGAUGAAGUCCCUGCAGCCGCAGCUUCAAGAGGCAGUGCAGAAGAAGUGCACCACCAGGCUGUGGGAGGCCCCUUACACUGUGUCGGGACCCCUCACUUGGAGGCAGUUCCACAGACUAGCAGGAAGGGGCACUGAGGAUAGGUGUGAGCCUCAACCUGUACCGUCUAUGAUGGUGGGCUACGAGAAGGACUGGUUAUCGUUAUCUCCCUACGCAUUGCACUAUUGGGAGAAACUCCUUCUGGAGCCCUAUUCCUAUGCUCGUGAUGUGGCUUACAUUGUUGUUGCUCCUGACAAUGAUUUUGUCAUUAACAGAGCGAAAGUCUUUUUUAAGGAACUAAGUACUGUUUAUGAAGUAUGUAGACUAGGUAGACACUGUCCAAUUUCCAAAAUUUUGAGAGAUGGAAUACUACGUGUGGGAAGUGGAGCUGCAAUGAAAUUAGCCAAGGAAAAAAUUGAUGAUUGGUUUUCUAUGCUUGGAGAUUCACCAACUUCAAACAUGUUGCGGCUUUAUGCUCAAGUUUGUCAACAUCAUUUAGUUCCUCUUCUGAGGACAAUGGCGUUUGAUAAAACACUAUUAGAAUCUCCUUCAGACGGACCACAAAUUAAACCUGUUGAAAGACCUAUUCCUCCUCCCAUGCCUCCUCCAAGUGGAGAGGACAAGGGUCCUAAUACACCAAAAAGUGACCAUGAUGGGGAUAAUAGUCGAGACCCGCUGGCGGGUAUUGGCAGCUCACAAGACACAAACCACAUUGACGAUGAAGAGAGAGAACCCCCAGCUGUGGUCAUUUACCUGGUGGAGCCCUUCUCAGUUGGCUCGGAAAGUUCCGAAGUCGAACGGUUGGCAUGUAUUGGACUUCUCAAGUGCUUCUCCUCUGUGGUCCAAGCUCUGCCUGAAAACCUUCGCAACAAUAUGGCCGUUCAGGUUGUUUCUCUGGAGAGUAUAGUUGAGCAAAGCAAGUCUUGUGCAAAGAGUGACUACAUGCGCAGUGUUGCUCUCUCGGUGUAUUCUCAGUGUCGCCGUGUAAUGCAACACACUUCGAACGUGAAGGCCCUCACUGGAUUUGGGCCUGCCGCCACUGGAGACCUCUUCCUGAAGAACAAUGACCAGGAGAAGAACCGUGCACCAUACCGGCUGUAUUCGCCUCCUUUCGUAUUAGCACCAGUGAAAGAGAAGUCAGAUCCUGUUGAGGCAUCAGAGGAAUGCUGUGUCCUCUACCUCAGCUAUUGCCUGUCAGAGGAUCAGCGCUGGUUGUUGGCUUCUGCGACGGACGAGCGUGGAGCCAUACUGGACACAGCAGUUAUAAAUAUCCACAUCCCCAACCGCUCCCGACGGAAAAAGGCAUCUGCGAGACGUAUGGGAUUGCAGAAGCUGAUGGACUUCACAUUAGGAGUGAUGUCUCAAAGUGUGAAGCCAUGGCGUCUUGUUGUUGGUCGAAUUGGACGCAUUGGUCAUGGUGAACUGAAAGGUUGGAGUGGCCUGCUUAGCCGUAAGGCUCUAGUGAAGGCUUCUAAACAUCUCAAAGAAAUUUGUGGCCAGUGUAAUUUAAUGCAGGCUGGUAGUUUACCAGGCAUCCUUAGUGCAUGUUUGGUUUCCUUAGAGCCUGACUCAGCUCUGAGACUUAUGCCUGACCAAUUUACUCCGGAUGAACGGUUUAGCCAAACCUCUGUCAACUGCCAACUAUCAACUCCUCAGGAUGUCACUUGCACACACAUUUUGGUCUUUCCCACAUCAGCAACAACACAGUCAUCACAGACAGCAUUUCAAGAGCAACACAUCAAUGGUCCAGGAGAGUUGGGUGAUGUGCUCUUCAUUGGAGAAGACGAUAUGCCAGAGGGCAUUGACGAUCUGGGUGGCUUUGACAUAUUCAAUUGGCAGGACAACGGAGCAGGUGUGCAUAGCCCUGGCAAUUCACCUCGCAGAGACUCUCCAAGUGGAAUGAACCCCAGCAGUCCAACACCUGAUGCAUCUGGAAGUCCAUACCCAUGCCACACCCCAGCCAGGGGAGGGGAGCCCCAAGAGGAGGUUGGUAAUGUUCUUCAGCAGCCUUUGGCCUUGGGCUACUUGGUUUCAACUGCCCCGACUGGACCAAUGCCAUCAUGGUUCUGGGCGUCCUGCCCACAUCUAGAGAAUGUCUGCCCCUGCUUCUUGAAGAAUGCGCUUCACCUGAAUUCAAGCCAACAUGGUUCAGAUGAUUUGUUAAGCAACCAGCAGACCCAAGUCAGUCUGCAUCCCUUGGACUCCCAGUACACAACAGAUGUCCUGAGAUAUGUCUUGGAGGGCUACAAUUCUCUUUCGUGGCUUGGUUUGGACUCCAACUCCCAUGACCGUUUGUCAUGCCUCCCAGUUCACAUGCAGGUGUUAAUGCAACUUUAUCAUAUGACAUCAUCACUUGUUUGACCCAAACUAAGUGAUUAGCAAUCAAUUAUAAUCCCUCACCAAAUUUUAGCUGUGAUUUGAAAAUGUGGAUAAGGCCCAAUAUCUGUUUCUGUAAUGUGUUAAUACAUAUGGUAUUAAGUCUAUGUCUAGAGAAGUUAAGGAGUGGCUGAAUCAGCAUUAGAUGUCCAAUCCUAAAGAUUUGUGAGUUCUAGUUUGUUUCAUGUUUUUAAAUAUUGGAGUGUCGUAUCCAGGUGCCAGUAUGCUUCUUUUCUGAUAGUUGAUCAGAAAAAAAUCGUGCUACCAAUUGAUCAAUGAAAUGUGGUAGUGUUAUUCCUUUAGUAAAUUGAAACCAUAAAUUAUGUAAUUAUUUAUAUAUUUAGGUAUAUAUACAUACAAAUAUAUCUAUAUCUAUCUAUUGUGUAUAUUUCAGUUAUGUAUGUUUAAUUGAAUGUAUGUAUGCUAGUAGUAUGUAUAUCAUCAGCUUGGACAAGUCCCGUUUUUUUAGAACUUUUAAUGAUGAUGAAAAUCUUUUACAAGUUUACAAUGGUUUUUAGUAGUUUGUGGUUUUACCCAUUUUUUGAGGGCAAUGUUGUGAAUCCGCAGGAUCUUUCAAGUCACUGUGCCUUUUGUCUUAUCUUCGCUUAUUUAAAGCUUGAGUGAAUGAAUUUUAGAUUUGUAGCUAAUUUCUCAUUAUUUGUAUGCAAACGUGCUAUUUAACUUUUAUUUUGUUGAUGGUCUCAUGAACUUAACCCCUGCCAGUAUAUGCAGGUGUGAAAUUUUAUUUUGAGCUGCCUUCUCCUCUUCUCUUUCUUUCUCUUUUUACUAUUAAAUUAAUAAUUGUAGACAUAUUAGAGAGGAUUAACAAACAACCUUCCAGGUUAUGCACAGCCUAAAUUUUAACAUAGUAACAUUUUAAAAUUUAGUAGGCUGUUUUUGACACACAAGUACUUAGUUUGGAAUGAGUGGAGCUUUGUAUUUUUUGCUUUUGACAUUUCUAAAGCAAAAUAUUUUUUCAUGUUAAAUCUGCUGUGUGCUUUCCUCAGGUGACAAAUUUUAGGUGAACAUUCUUGUACUGAGGUUUUGCCGUACUAAAGUGUGAACCAUCUCAGUUUUAUUAGGAAAUGUUAUUGAUUGAGCCUAGAUGAUGGCAUUUGUUAUCAAACAAAAUAUAGUUCAAUUUUUCCACACACACUCUUGAAGUGAGGUAUCGUCUUCUUAUACAAUGUUUAUUUCAUAUUUCUACAAAUGGAGAUAUUAUCUUAUCACUGUGUUCAGCCUAGAGAAUCGUAAUAGUUGAGUACAAUUAUGUGUUUGGCAGCUGCUUAAAUUGUAGAAAUGACUGAAAUCUAUCUAUCCAUGUUGUGUAAGACCAUUUGCCUUGUUAUGAAAUUUUCAAUACUUAAACAAUUAAAUUUAUCUCUGUUGGAGCAUGUUAAGUUUAAUUUAUUUGGAGCACUCUUGUGACUUCUGCGUAAACUGAUAUAGGCAGCAUUUAUCAAAAUUAUUGAAGGUCAAUUUGUAUUCGGGUUAAAGGGGUGGGACUAGUGCCUAAUUUUGGCACUUUGCUUUGCUGUGGUGCUGUGGAGAUGUCUUCCUUGCAGAUAGUCUUGAGCUGUUGAGCUGAUCAAAACCACUAGCUCAGGCAUUCAUUUCAAACAUACGAACUUGCUGCCUAAUGUCAAAGUUAAUGGUAAAAUCAUGUAAUCUUCUAACUACUUGAAUGAACUUCCAGUAAGUGUACAAUGCAGUAUUCAGAUUGAUCCAAUUUGUGAUACAGUAUUUGAGGUAGAGGGUGUUGGAUCUCCACUGUACUGCUUUAAGUCGAAACUGUGUGGAUAAUGAACUAGUAUCCUGUUUCCCAGCACAUUGGAUGGUUAUCCCUACUGGGAUGAUCGAUGGUCUAUGCUCCCUCACAUGACCUCCAAUGUGUGACGGGUUGUAGCAAUGAACUAUGGUUGUGAGCUCCUGUUCACAGCUUAGGAUAAGUGGAAUUUAUUUUUCUAGGUGUGACAAAUUUUGGUAAAUGGUGCUGGAUACAGGAUAGGAGUUGACUUUCUGGGUAGCCUCCAUUUGCUUAUGCUUUCAGUCAUACCACUUUACCAAAUGUGAUUUUAAAAGUUGUGUUUAUUUAUUAUUACUUUUAUUAAUAUUAUGGAAUGUGAGUGUGUGAAAAGUUUCCAGCUCAAUGUGCAAGUUGAAUUGUAAUCAAAUGCUCCAACCCAAACCUCUUAUCAUCUCAUGAAAAGCCAAUUUUUUGAAAAUGACCAUCAGUUUUAAUUUGUUUGAAUCUAGCUAUUAUUUGAAUCUGUUGACCUAGAUCCUUUUUCUCUUUUGUUUUAAUUUAAUUGCUGUCUUCCCUUUUUUUUUCUUGUUUGGUUUGAGAUGUCUGAGGUUUGGUUUCAGAAUCGUUGGGUUGCACUUUAAAGUGACCAUUGAAGGAAGACAUUUUUGUCUGUGUGUGUGUGUGUUUGUAAGUGUGUGUGUAAGCACAUAUGUGAAGAUGGUAUUAAUGAGACAAUGUGUUUUAACUUAUGAAUUGGUGUACCUAUCAUUGUUUUUAAUUGUUUAAUGAACCAACCGACCCAUGUCCACUCCUAACUUACUCUCUAGUACCAUUCUACCAGUGUAGACGUACAUACUGUAUCUUUUAAAAUAUGUUAGACACUGAUUAAAUCAUUUUUGUUGUUUUUUAUUUUUAACAAUUUUAGGGAUUGGGAUUCUUGUAAUUAUGACAUGUGUAUAUAGCGCCUAUUAUAAUUUAAAACAGUAUACAUAUUUACAUAGAGCUAUAGAUUAUUAUAUAAUGCAGAAUGUAAUAAAUGAAAAUAGUACAAACUGCAAAGCUGUGUACAGUUGGACUGAGUGUGUACAAAGAUUGAUGUGUGCGCUGUUACAUUUUAUCCCUAUCUUGUGUACAGUCUGUACAAUUUUGUAAAUGAAAGACCUGUACUGGUUCUUACAAUACAUUCUAGUGAGGUUUUGGAGUCAAUACUUUAUUACAGUUUAAAGAUUUUUUUUAUUUUUUUUUAUGUUUCUUUUAACACUGACAGUGACUUAACUAAAUAUUACUAUCAAUGUAGUUUCUGAAGAAAAGUCAUGUUACUGUAAGCUUGGUGGCUGUUAUUUCUUCAUUCUGUCAGCCGUUUGGGAGGAACUUGGCCUCAGGGUGAUGGUCUGUUUUCCUUUGCCAAGUCUUUAUAAUGCAUUUCUCACCACUUAAUUAUGAUGAAUGUAAAUAUUUUUACAAUCCUCAAGAACAAAAUAAAAAUGUUAAGUAUUCAA